GUCAAUGUCAUUUGAUUAUGGCAAUGUCUUAACUAGAACAACCUAAUACUAGAGUAGGCUUAAUCUUAACCUUCUUUAUCCUUUUGCUUAGAUCUUUUGAUGCGUGGAUGCUGUUCUAAAGAAAGGAGUUCCCUUUUCUUUUUUCUUUUUUUUUCCCAUUCAAAUAGAUAUCAUAUAGUCCUAUCGAGAUGAUAAAUCUCAUAAUUAAGGCCAAAAGAUUUCGGUACAUAAGGUUAUCCUUUCUCUGAAUUCGUAAUUUAGUCAGAUCGGCGUGUUUCAUUGUGUAGUUCUAGCCGAAAAAAGAUGACGAAGGAUGUUAGCUUGCCAGAGUAUAUUUGGUAACAGCAUUGCUGAUGUUGUAACUUGCAAUAUCUGUACGUCUGUGGUGAUUUCCUGGAAUCUUUCCAACAAUUUUGGUUCAAGAGCAUUUGUUCCACCCUCGAUCAGCAAUUUGUGGAACUUAGCCCAUAUUGAUGCAGCUUUUUUUGGUCCUAUACCAGCAGAGAAUAGGAUAUUUGCCAAAUCCAAUACACAUGUUAACUUUCUUGCCCAAGUCCGUUUGAGUCACACGGGAGAUGGACCAAAAGUGGCAAAGCGUUUGGUUUAUGUGUAUUUUGCACUUUUUAAGAUACUGAUUUCCAACUCCAAUGGGGAAAGUGGGAAAGACAGUAAAGAGAAACAUCCCAAAGCUUCCAGUUCUAAGAAAAUCAAAGCAGAUACUCCAUCAGAAUCUCAUGAUGAGAUGGAUUCUCAGUUGUUAACAGCCCUUUUGACAGUAUAUCCGUCUAGCAAUGACCAUCAUCACAAUGGAGAGGACUUAUCACGGGGUUGUUCGAGAUCAGCUUUUGCAAAGGUGGACAUUAAAGUGACUCCAAGAUCUCAUGUAGAUGAAGAAUCAGAUAAGGAUGGGAAAAGUCAACUGUUCAUGCUUUCUCCGAAGGGAGAGUUUGUUGAUCUUGAAGCAUGA